AUGCGAGGUUUCAAGCAAAAGCUGAUCAAAAAGACGACCGGGUCGUCUUCAUCCGGACAGAAAAAAAAGGAGAAGGAGUCUUCAAAAAAGGGUAGUCCUUCGUCGGCUAGCAGUGCUAGCACGAGUCCCAAAAACCAAUCUCCGAUCGAGAAGAAAAAUGGAGCCUCAGCGGGAACUGCGAAAAAUACAAAGACUAAAAGUAAUACACCGGCGAAACCCGUGAGUAGGCAGCCAUCUGGGAGUUUGGCUGAUGGCAGCAAGAAACAGGAAACGACGAGUCCCCAAUCUAAAACGUCGCAGCCUACUUUAAUUGCUGCUGCUGCGGCACCUCCUUCGCCUACAACAGCCACAGCGAAUUUGGCGGUGCCAGGAACUCCAGCUUCCAAAGAUACGAGCGCUUCUGGUGGAAUUGAUAUCCCUAGGUCGUCGCAUUCGUUUGAGCGACUACCAACGCCUUCCAAACUUAAUCCUGAUUCAGAUUUGGAUUUGAUAAAAACUCCACAGCGACACUCAUCGUCACGUUUUGAGCCAUCACGCUACACGCAGUUGAACAAGCUCCCUCAUUUUGACGAUGUUCCUCCGGAAGAACAGAUAUCUCUUUUUAUUGCCAAGGUGGAUCAGUGCAAUACGAUCUUCGAUUUCAACGAUCCCAGCUUUGACAUCCAGGGUAAAGAAAUCAAGCGUGUGACGUUGCAGGAACUCAUUGAAUUCAUAGUUACCAGUAGGUUCACCUACACGGAGGAGAUGUAUGCACAUGUGGUGGAAAUGUUCAAGAAUAACCUGUUUAGGCCCAUUCCACCUCCUGUUAACCCUGUUGGGGACGUUUUUGAUCCCGACGAAGAUGAGCCUGUCAAUGAACUUGCUUGGCCACACAUGCAAUGCGUGUACGAAUUCUUUUUGCGAUUUGUCGAAAGCCCGGAUUUCAAUCAUCAGAUCGCUAAGCAAUACAUCGAUCAGGAUUUUAUCUUGAGACUCCUUGCACUCUUUGACAGUGAAGAUAUUCGGGAACGUGACUGUCUCAAGACAACCUUGCACAGAAUCUAUGGGAAGUUUUUAAGUUUACGAAGCUUCAUUCGUCGGUCCAUCCACAAUAUUUUCCUCCAGUUCGUUUACGAGACAGAAAGAUUUAACGGCAUUGCGGAACUAUUGGAGAUAUUAGGGUCGAUUAUCAACGGUUUUGCUCUACCUUUGAAGGAAGAACACAAAAUUUUCUUGGUUAGAGUGUUGAUGCCCAUGCAUAAGGUCCGGUGCCUGUCACUUUAUCAUCCUCAGCUUGCAUACUGUAUUGUACAAUUCUUGGAAAAGGAGCCCUUAUUAACUGAGGAAGUAGUCAUGGGCUUAUUGCGCUACUGGCCUAAAAUCAAUUCUACGAAGGAAAUUAUGUUUCUCAACGAGAUCGAAGACAUCUUUGAAGUAAUAGAGCCCCUGGAAUUUAUCAAAGUGGAAGUCCCACUUUUUGUGCAACUCGCCAAAUGCAUUUCAUCCCCUCAUUUCCAAAUCGCGGAAAAAGUCUUGAGCUACUGGAACAACGAAUACUUCCUGAACUUAUGCAUCGAGAAUGCUGAGGUGAUUCUGCCUAUUAUUUUCCCAGCUCUCUAUGAGCUCACCUCGCAAUUGGAUCUCGAAACGCAAGCAAACGAGAAUGGGAACCCUACUUCGGACCCUUACAUGCUUGUUGAACAAGCAAUAAACUCUGGUUCAUGGAAUCGAGCUAUUCACGCCAUGGCCUUCAAAGCUUUGAAAAUUUUUUUGGAAACUAAUCCAGUGCUUUACGAGAAUUGCAACGCUCUCUACCUGAGCAGCGUUAAAGAGACCCAAAGACGCAAAGAAGAGCGGGAAAAAAGCUGGCACCAAUUGGAAGAGUAUGUUGGCAAAUUGAAGAUCAGCGCAGGGUCGGAGGAACAAGGGGAUGAAAGAAUGGCCUGA